GGUUUCAAUUGGAAAAUGUUGCUGAUAUCGCUUACACUGAUGGCUUUCGGCCUGGCCCAAACGCUGCCCAUCGAGGAGGCCGAAACGCUGACGACCAGCGAGGCACCCGAUUCAGGGCGAGUUGUCUUCGAUCAGCGGCAGAAUGGCAGAUUCAACAUCCACGUGAGCAUCAAGGAUGUGGCCAUCAUCGAGGUGGGCCAGAAUGGGUUGGCUGAGGAGACAUAUAACGAUGAGGAGGAUUACUACUAUGAUGACAGUGCGUUGACCGUCAAACCGAUCAAGUUAACCACCGAGGCGAGCAGCAGCAGCACCACAACGAGCACCACAUCGGUGGCAGCACUGCCAGAGAGCACUGUAACUACAGUGGCCACUUCGACUGUGGCCACCACUAGUGAUCCCAAGCUAAAUACCAGCUUUAGCUCUAAUCUCUUGGCUGACAUUGCGGCCAGUGUAUCGAAGCCCAAGUCCAGGCUAAACAAUCUGAUGAUCGUGGAGACGCCAAUCGGUGGGACAACUAAGCCCCAGCAUCACCCACUUCAUGGUCGAUCCAAAGAUGUACCCAUUAUGGCUGCUGCUGCAAUUACGCCACCCACUUUGCCCGAGAGCAUUGAGUACACACCGCCCAAAAAUCACAACUCGCCCAUUUUCAAGGUUAAGGUUCAACGAUCUUCGAUGCCGGCCGCAAAGAAACCCGCCCGCUGCCGAAAUCACCAGGUGCGAGAUGCCCAGGGCAAGUGCUCCGACUCGAUCUACAGAAAGCUGUACAGCAUGCUGAUGGGAAUGAAUUUCCCCUUUUUGGCAGCGGCAAAUGCCGCGGAAAGUGCCUGAUGAUUCAACACUUAUUACAUAGUUUACUCAGACAUAGAGUUUAAGUGCCUCUAAUUGGAUCUUAGCCAUUAGCUUGAAAUACACUGACUGAAAACUGA